AUGAAGGAGCAAAGAGUCACCUAUGCAGACCUGAAGCUGGCAAAGGACUCAAAACGGCCACAAGUGAAACCUAAAGGGAGUAAAAGCUCCACUACUGGAACAGAGCAGGGGGUAACCUACGCAGAAUUAAGUCUUCAUAAUGCUGCUCGGGAUCCUCAGGAGAAUGGCAAGUCCUGGCACCUCAAAGGCUUAGCUUCACCUCCAGAGAAGCUCAUUGCUCGGAUCUUGGGACUCACCUGCAUUGUCUUGAUAUGCACUAUUGUGCCAGUGUGGGUUAUUUCCCCCUGUCAAUGUGGCCCUUGUCCAAAGGGGUGGUUUACAUACUCCAACAACUGCUAUUACUUUAGUGAUGAAAAAAACACCUGGAAUGAGAGUGUGACAGCCUGUCAGAAUAAGAAGUCUCAGCUGCUCUACAUAGACACUGAGGAAGAAAUGAAAUUUAUGCAAUCCAUAUCAGUUUUGUCUUGGAUUGGAGUCUACCGUAAUGGCAGCAAUCAAACAUGGACGUUCAUAAAUGCAUCAACUUUCCAACUAGAUGUUUCCAUUUCUCUCCCAGCAGCCUCACCAUUACCUCCAGGGCAGAUUGCUGCUGAGGUCCUGGGGAUCGUCUUCCUGGUCUUGGUGUCCAGUGUAGUAAAAACUGUAGUCCUUAUUCCUGCUGCUACUAAAGAGCCAGAGCAGUAUGAUUUCUACUCAAAGCAGAAUGAAUGCCCAAAUGUAACAAAGAGUGAGAAAGCCUGUCAUUGUGGCCCUUGUCCAAAGGGGUGGUUUACAUACUUCAACAACUGCUAUUACUUUAGUGAUGAAAAAAACACCUGGAAUGAGAGUGUGACGGCCUGUCAGGAUAAGAAUUCUCAGCUGCUCUACAUAGACACUGAGGAAGAAAUGGAUAAGAAAACCAGUACCUGUUAA